GUCGCCAAGUACGACUGGGAGCAUAAGUAUUAUUACGGCCGACUGAUAGCCGUGUCCAACUCCUUCCUCGCCUAAGCCAUCAGAGGAGCCAACAACCACGCCAUGAUUCGCGUGCUGAGUUUGGAUUUCAGUGAGCGCUCCUUGCUGAAGGGCUUCACUGGCGCCGUCACGGAUCUCGCUUUCGCCCACCUCGACUCCUCUCUGUUGGGCUGCGUGGAUGAGGCGGGAAACCUGAUGGUCUGGCAUCUCACACUCACGAGAAGCAAAAUACUGGAUCAGAUAGUGGUUCAUAUUCAGCGUCCAGAAGACGCUCCACUGAACUCCCACAGACGCCUCAUCUGGUGCCCUUACAUCUUGGAAGACAGCGAGGAGAAUCAGGACGACACCAGCCAGACGCUGGCACUCCUGCAUGAGGACAGGGCUGAGGUUUGGGACCUCGAAGUUUUGAGAGCCAAUAACAGCAGUUGGCCAGUUGAUGCCUCAGAAAUCAAAGAUGGCCUCAUUAUAGUUAAAGGACACACACAGAGAGUCAGUGAAGGUGCUCUGUCCCCUGAUGGGACCGUUUUGGCCACAGCGAGCCACGACGGUUACAUCAAGUUCUGGCAGAUCUACAUAGAAGGAGGACAAGAUAAGCCCAGAUGUCUCCAUGAACUCCGACCUCACGAAGGACGUCCUCUCUCCUGUCUUCUCUUCUGUGACAACCACAAGCGGCAGGACCCAGAAGUUCCGUUCUGGAGGUUUCUCAUAACUGGAGCAGACCAGAACCAGGAGUUGAAGCUGUGGUGCACAGUUUCCUGGACCUGCUUGCAAACCAUCAGGUUUUCUCCAGAUCCAUUCAACUCUACGGUUCUUCCCAGUCUGAAGGCCAGUUUAGAUCUUGCUGCUGAAUACUUGAUCCUCACUGAUGUGCAAAGAAAGGUCCUCUAUGUGAUGGAGCUGCGGCAGGACCUGGAGAAGGGCAAAGCGAGCUUCACGGCCGUGUCGGAGUUCCUGCUCACCCACCCUGUGCUCAGCUUCGGGGUGCGCGACGUGACCCACAGCCGCCUGAGGCACACCGAGGUUCUGCCAGCGGAGGAGGAGAGCGAGAGCAUGUCGACAGAGGGCACUCAAGGACCUGCAGAGUCCAAAUCUGGGAUCCAAAUUAAACUCUACUGUGUUCACACAAAGAGUUUGCAGGACGUCCAGAUCUGGUUUCAGCCCAACGCGGGGUUCAAUACGCCGGGUUUUAUUCCCCACUCUGACUCCCAAGAUGGUUUUGCUGGGUUUCCGGACCACCUCACCGACCAGAGCUCCGACAAAGAUUCUGGAAGUGGCUCGCAGUCCGACCUGAGGAAGAUCCCCUCACUUCCUGUUCCCUCUGACUUCCUGUCCAACUCUGGGGCAUCCGGCGGGUCGAUGCCCAAGCUGAUGACUCCUGACGCCUUCAUGACACCAAGCACUUCGGUUCCUGCGUCUCCUGGCAGCAGCGCCAGCAGUCUGACUAUUGUUACAGCCAUCAGCAGCAACUCUGACUCGACAAAUAGAGCCAUGGACGAUAUCAGUCAGAGUCCCAUCAGAGGAGAAAACAACGGCGGCAGCAGUUUGGGACUCUCUGUCGCCACCAGCAGUCCGAGGGCUGCACCUGCAGUUCUGCUGCCCGGACUGGAGAAUCUGCAGGCUCUGGCUUCCCCCAGUGGCCCUCUGGGCCUCGACUCGCCUCAGGUCCCAGAUUCUCCUCUGCUGCUGCCGCUGACCUCGCCGACCCGGGCCCGCUCCCCAGACGUCAUCUCCUCCGCCUCCACCGUGAUGUCGCAGGACAUGCCGGAGAUCGCGACGCAGACGCUGCAGCUGCAGCGCAGCCACGGCCUGGAAGCCCUGCAGCUUCCUGCGCUGCAGACGGACAGCAUGGCCUCCGCUGCAUGUGCUCUGCACCUCCUGACAUCGCCGCGCGCCGCCACCAACAACGGUUUGUUGCCCCUUGAACUCGGAGGUGCUGACGGCUCGUCGAUGGCGGACGAUUCGGAGUCCAGACUCAGUAACAAACCGUCUCUUCUGGAGAACACGUUGUCGCAGGAAAACACUGGGGUCAGUGGAGGGUCGUCGGAUGGCAGCGUUAGCCACACGUCAUGGCCGGCGGCUCCAGACAUCACCAGGGAAACCAGGAACAGCCUCAGGGACAACGGGCUGGGAGAAUGUUUGAGAGACGAGUCAAGCGAGCGCCGCUUGAGCUCUCCCUACCACCGGCGGUCCUACCACCUCGUCCAGAACGACAGCCAGGAUGUCGGCGUUGAUCAGAGCGAUCCUGAUGACGAGAUCGCCAGCCUGGCUUCGUCCUCUGGGAACUGCGGCUCUCGCUCCUCUCACAGGAUGCCGGUGAAAGACUGGAAGAGCUCGCCACGAGGCUCACCGAAACUGAAGAGGAAACUCAAGAAAGAUGACAAUGAAUCUUCUCAGCCCAGGCACAUGGAUCCCGGUCAGUUUAACACAGAGACUCAGGAUGAGCUCCUGAUGCUGCUGCGCAGCCAGCAGAGGGAGCUAGCGGAUCUGUGUUCUCUGGUGGAGACCAUGCCGGGAACCAUCAUGGCGCAGGUGGAGCACGUUCUGAUGAAGCACCAGGAGCAGGAACAGCGCAGACUGGACCGAGCUCUGGCCGAGAAUCAGAGCCGCCAGCAACAGCUUCACGAGCAGCUGAGCCAGCAGCUGAGCCACGCCCUCAGCACGGCGCUGACCAACAGGAUGGACAAAGUCCUGAGAGAGGAACUAAAGAAAGCAGUUCCGCAAACCAUUUCUAAGAGUCUGGAGCCGGUGACGGGGCAGCUGAACAACUCGAUCGCCGCUAAGAUGGCCGCCGUGGAGGUCACGAUUAAGGACAUCGUCAUCAAAGUGGUUAAAUCCAAGAACACUACGGACGCCAUGGGCCGGGCCGCGGCGGAGGCCAUGCAGGGCCCCAUCCAGGCCGCCUACAAAGACGUCUUCCAGAGCACAGUGCUGCCCGUGUUUGAAAGAGGCUGCCAGUCCAUGUUCCAGCAGAUCAACGACAGCUUCAAGCAGGGCACGCAGGACUACAUCCAGCAGCUGGAGGCCCACCUGAAGAGUCGGAAGCAGAGAGAGCAGGAGGCGCGGGACCCCGUGAUCGGCCAGCUGCAGCAGGCGAUCGACGGCUUCCAGAGCUGCACCGAUCAGCUGGCCAGCAGCGUCUCUGCCGCCGUACGAGCCGAGGUCCAGCACCAGAUGCAGGUGGUGGUGGGGAAUCUGCAGGACUCCAUCCUGAGCCAGUUGCAGCGCAUCGUGAAAGGCGAGGUGAGCCUGGCGAUGAGGGAGCAGCAGGCCGUCGUCACCUCCAGCAUCAUGCAGGCCAUGCGCUCCGCUGCCGGGACGCCCGUCCCCACCGCACACCUGGACUACCAGUCGCAGCAGGCUAACAUCCUGCAGCUGCUCCAGCAGGGCCAGCUCAACCAGGCCUUCCAGCAGGUACCGACUCGACCCAGACACCACAGGUCACACUAGACAUCUUUGUUGUCCGUCAUUUUGACUGACGGCGCCAAAAAUAUUACAUCAUAUUCUAUUAUUAUCUGUCGGUUUUUAAAUGUUAUUGACAUAGACUGUUUUGAUGCCUUUAAUUUUUAUGCGGUUUAAUAUUCAGCACAUUAAACAGACAAUCCAGAUCCCAUCAUACAUUAAUCAGGCAGAUGAACUUUUUCACCGCAUUGAUAACAAAAUCACUGAUAGGACAAUGAAGUGAAUCAAUUCCACUUAAGUUAUGAAGAGAAGGAAUAUUCUGUCAACACAAACCCUGCCAGUCGCUCUGAUGGGCUAAACCGCCGGUGUCCAAACGUUUUGCACCACAGAGCUUUUUCUCUCCUUUGAAAAAAAUACAAAUAUACUAUUAUUGUGAAUUCUCACUCCUUUACCUGCACAACAAUAAAUUCAACCAGUUACAUUUUUUACAGAAACCAACAUGAGUCUGAAAUAUGUCUUAAUAUUUACAUUUAUUUAACUUUUUGAGCCAAUUAUUUUCUAUUUUGUCUAUUUUUGGUUCAUAGCCAGCGGCAGAAACCAGAAUUUUCUUUUAAAGCCUUUGUAGUUUGUAGGACAAGUGUGUUUCAGAGUAAAAGUUUCUGGAUGUUUUGUGGCUGGGAUCUGCUAAUGAAAAAAAAUUAUUUGUUUUGGACAUUUUCCUUUUACGAUAUAAACUCUAAAUGAAAAUCUCACCCUAAAAUAUUUUGUCAGUUUUAUCUGCCAAAUUUGAAUCUAUUUUCAAGUGCAAUCAGCGGCCAUACAAACUCAUUCCAGGGGCCACAAAUGGCCCUCGGGCCACACUUUGGACACCACUGGGCUAAACCGUUUAUUUACAGACUAAGCAGGGAUUCAUUUACUGCAAAAACACAAACUAUUACCAAAAUUUUG